CCAGCUAGCAGUAGCUGUCGCUGUAAAAGCGACCAGAAGUCCAGCUGGUUUCAGAGAAACCGAGGGGUUGCUGGACGAGACACGCUCAUCCAGAAAACACAAGAAACUGCACUUAUGGGUCGCUUGUUCGGUGGAUAUUACGAUGCGAUGGCCAGCUAGCGAGCAGUCCAACGCUAGCUGCAGCUAGCUGGUCGGCUACAUCACAGAGCUAGCUAACAAUCCGGCUAGCUCCAAGAGCCGGGGCAGGAGGUCCGCCGACGAGCGUCUAACCCGGGGUUUUUCGCCUUUUUGUUUUCGCACCAUACCGGCAUUGAUUUGACCGAGGAAACCCACGGAUCAUGCUGAGUGAGGGGCUGUGUGUCCUCCGCGCCUAGCCGGGCGGCAGCAGCAGCUUGGUGCCGACAAAGCGGACUGCUUGGGGGGUUUGGUGAGAGGAGGAUGGCAUUUCACGGCGCAGGCCGGCAGACCGUUUGUGGAGACUUGUUUCCGGGCUCCGAGCUGGGCCACAAGUAUUUCUGUGUCAACUCUUCCUGCGGAGCCCCCUCCACGGGCCUCAGCGCCACACCGUGCCUGGCCGGACCCACCGCCCCGGCAGGAACCCCUCGUCACCCCACCGCUCUCGGAGGAAGCACCGGCGGCGGGGCAGCGGUGCCUCAGCCCUACAGCAACCCGGCCAGCGAGGUGCCCAGCCCUGCAGAGAUGGAGCCUGACCGCCCCAUCGGUUAUGGCGCAUUUGGUGUAGUCUGGUCGGUCACGGAUCCACGUGACGGCCGCAAGGUGGCUUUGAAGAAGAUGCCCAACGUCUUCCAGAACCUGGUCUCCUGUAAGAGGGUCUUCAGAGAGCUGCGGAUGCUGUGCUUCUUCAAACACGACAACGUUUUGUCAGCUCUGGACAUCCUGCAGCCCCCGCAGAUCGACUGCUUUGAGGAAAUCUACGUGAUAACAGAACUGAUGCAGAGCGACCUCCACAAAGUGAUCGUGUCUCCUCAGCCUCUCACCACCGACCACAUCAAGGUCUUCCUCUAUCAGAUCCUGCGAGGUUUGAAGUACCUGCACUCCGCCGGGAUCCUGCACAGAGACAUCAAACCUGGAAACCUGCUGGUCAACAGCAACUGUCUGCUCAAGAUCUGCGAUUUCGGCUUGGCGCGGGUGGAGGAGCCCGACCCGUCGCGUCACAUGACCCAGGAGGUGGUGACGCAGUACUACAGAGCGCCGGAGGUGCUGAUGGGGUGCCGACACUACGGCUCGGCCAUCGACGUCUGGUCGGUGGGCUGCAUCUUCGCGGAGCUGCUGGGACGACGCAUCCUGUUCCAGGCUCAGAGCCCCAUUCAGCAGCUGGAUCUGAUCACAGACCUGCUGGGAACGCCUCCUCUGUCGGCCCUGGCGUCGGCCUGUGAAGGAGCCAGAGCCCACAUCCUGAGGGGGCCGCACAAACCGCCGUCGCUGUCGGUGCUCUACAUGCUGUCUGAUGGAGCCACACACGAGGCGGUGCACCUGCUCUGUCGGAUGCUGGUCUUUGAUCCGGCCAAACGGAUUUCCGGCAGCGACGCCCUGUCCCACCCGUACCUGGACGAAGGCCGCCUGCGCUACCACACCUGCAUGUGUCAGUGCUGCUAUUCCGUUCCCAGCGGGCGAGUUUACACCCGGGACUUCGAGCCGGUCGCCGAGCGACCGUUCAGCCACAGCUACGAGAACAGCCUGCUGUCCGUGUGGCAGGGAAAAGAGUUAAUCCAUCGCUUCAUCACGGAGCACCAGCAGGGAAAACGAGUGCCGCUGUGCAUCAACCCUCAGAGUGCUGCCUUCAAGACCUUCAUCAGGUCCACCGCGUGGCACUCGUCUAAGGUGUCCAGGAAGGAGGAGAGAUGAGUGAGCCUCCUCUUCCUCAGGGGGAGCGACAGCAGUUUCAGGAAGGAUUUCAUCGGCCGCGGCGUCUGAAGAUACCGAAGCGUUUGGGUCUUUUCUUUUUCUGUUCGUCCGGGCGCUGCGGAGGUGAAACGAUUCAUCCAACCACGGGAGGGGAAACCACGCCACCUGGCCGAGCGCCUCCCGUUUUUCCCGACAACGUUUCCAGAAUAUGAAGACGACUGCUCCACUUCUCUAACGACCCAGACGGCUGACGCUCGAGGCCUUUUUGGUGCUGAAUUUAAAAAAAAAUGCUGCUGAAGUGCUUGAGGAGGAAUAAGAAAGAGGAAAUAACUGAACUCGGUACUAGAUCGGAUUUCCCAUCAACGUUAGCGCGACAUUAAGAGAUAACGGUUUUAAUUUGGUAGAGUUGUUGCUUAGUUGAUUUUUGAAGUCAUUCCAGCUCUGUGCAAUAUGGUUUAAUUUAAACGAGCGACAAACACACGGGGGGCUGAACACGCCGGACGCUUGCCAACGAGCUCCCAAACACGCCGUAACGAGCCGCCAAACACCACGACACAUUAACCGCCACACGCCUCCAAGCUUUCCUUUUUCUGAACUGCAUUUGAACACAUCACUCACUGUGUUUCCGUCGCCCGGCGAUAAUAAUGCAAUUUCACAGAUGUAGCAGGUUUUGACCACAGUUUCUCCACACACACACACACACACACACACUCACUCACUCAGCUUUGUUGUCUGGUCCUGGAUCAGCGUUGUUCCACCUCUGUCACACUCAGCAGUUUAACGAGGACACAAAGCUGAAAUUCAUUCCCCACGUUGUUUAAGUGUGAUGUCACAGACUGUGUGAUCGCAAACUUUUAUUUUGACAGUCACAACAGGAAGUUCCUCUGGAAAUGCUCAAUGGCUUCUUCUUCUUCUUCCAACGUCAACGUGUAUUAUCGUCACACCGCGUGGACACUGUUCUCUUUCUGCCGACCUCCUCUGCCUCCACCAGCAGGGGGAGAGAGAGAGCGAGAGAGAGAGGAAGUGACGGCGGCGCUGACGUUUUUUUUAAAUUUCUUAACUUAUUGAGUGUUUGUUGAAGCGUGUGUGUCUCCACCUUUUAGUUUGAAGCGACUCCUCUGCAGGUCUGCAGCCGUCUUGGUUACCUCAAACCCUGGAAAGACAAAAAAAAAAAAAGAAGUGAUCUGUGAACUGAACCCCCCCCCCCUCGUCACAGCUGUGUCGUCAUUCCUCCAGAUUCAGUGACUUCUUCUUUUACCUCGUGCUCGCUCCUCGCCUCUCGCCCCGCCGCUCAGAAUCAGUGUGAGGUUUGAGAGAAGGAUGUUGUCGGUGAAAUGCUGCUGUUUUGUGUCUCUUCUUGGGUUUUGUUGUUUUAGUUUAAGGCUCAGGUGUCCCGUUACAGACUAUGAAUUGUACAAAGCCACACACAGCGAGGAUGCACCAGUAUUGAUCCUGUUCGGACGAUCAGGCCUGAAAGCAGCGAGCGGUGUCAGAUUGUACACUGUAAGAAGUUUAGGAGAAGAGUGUCGGCUCUCUCUCGCGCCCAGAUGUGAGUUUUCUGUUUGAAAGUGGAACGCAGAGGCGACGGGCGGCGUCUGACCGCGCUGCUGGUUUUACAUGUUUAACCCUUUAACCUACAGAUCGGCUCUACUUUCCCUCCGUCACUUUACUGAAACCAUCCUGGACGUUUGAUUUUCCUGCUGUUGAACUCGCUAAGAUCAAUAGUUUGAUCUGUAAAACCAAAGUUUACUGCGCGAACAUCUUCAGAUCAGAGCGGCUCGUUAUCGGAAUUAAUUUUCUGUCCAUAAACAAAUUGAUUCAUCAUCUAAUUGAGCGUUUGUUUGAACCAGGAAGUGACGGAAACGAUCGCCACAGUGGUGCAUUCAAAGACGCUGUGACUUUUUAAAACUGGAUUUGUCUCGCGGAAAUGAAAAAUUCACGUUCAGUCUUAAACUCUGAUCUUUAUGUGACAACGCACGACGCCGUGAAAUGAUUUCCUCCCCCCUGAGUUGACUGAGAAUGAUUUUGUUUCAAACAUCUCAAAGUCUUUAGACUCAUGUUAACGAGCUGAAGCUGACAGGAAGUCAGCUGUUCGCGAUCUGAAGCGAUGCAGUAAACCUGAAAACCAUCAGCGCGGCCCUCUGCUUCCCGGUGGCUCCGACACGUCGGCCCCUCUUUGACUGCAGGAACUCUCCCAGGAACCUCUUUUAGGAUCUCAGGAACUUCACCGAUGAGGGUCGGCUCGUGCCAGCAGCUCGCCGUGGCCGCGGGGGCCUCGGCUUUCAGACGUCACAGCCGUUUGUCUCGCCGCGUGCUGAGCUGUGGUCUCUGAAGGAACCUUUAGCUCCUGGUUUAGUUCCCGUGGCCCCCGGAUGGUGUGCUUGAAAGGUUUUUUUCUGUUGGACACGCCCUGAACCUCGCCAAGCGGGGCCCCUGAGCCGCCGGGCCCCUCGGCGUCCUCGUUGGUCCCUCAGUUUCCUGGUUCUGAACCCCUGAAACCUCAGCUCCUCCUCGUCUCCGAGGCUGCCGGACGACCUGACUUGUAUAUCUGCAUGUGUAUAUUUAUUAUCCGUGGAGAGCGUUUGGGUUUGAAUGCUGUGCAAUGGUUGAGUUUGUCGACGACGACGAAAACGUACUUUUUGUGGUAAUUUUUAUUUAAUUCAUCUUAGGAAGUGAUUUUGUUUCGUUUGUUGUGAUCUAAUUAGAUUUUUACGGGCCGAGAGCCGGAGAACGUUUUGAUGAUUGUUCCCUUCUGCACGCCGUCGCACUGAUCUGUUCGUUUUUACUUUACGGUUGUUAAAGCAGCGACGUUUCCGACGGAUCGCUGACGGAAACGUCGCUGCUUAAAUAAACGUGUUAGUGUCGAGUCGUUGAACCUUUUACUUCAUUUCCUCAAAGUCACAUUUGAAAUUAACGUCAGUCUUCUUUCCAUUUGAUUUUAUUCCCUGAACGCUCCGACUGUGAACCUGCAAUCUGAAAAUUAGUUUAUCAUGAUAAAGGAUGAAACCGUCAUUUGAACUCAGCAUCUCUAAAGAAUCAGGUCUUUCUGUGUGGUUCAGUCUGUGUUCGACUGAUUUUCACUGCAGGAAGCAGGACGAGCAGCGUUCGCAUCCUGAGUCCUGCUCGUGCUUUCAGUAAAAUGUUUGUUAACCGCAGUGUUCUGAGCAGCUUAAAGUUAUCAAUCAUGUUAUCAGUGAACACACCGUCAUUCAGUUUGAGUUCAAAGUAUAGAAACAUGAUUCCAGUGAAACGAGGUUUCUGUGUCAGGAACUGUUGAAAAAAAGCUUCCACAGAUCAUCAAAAUGCUUUGAAUUCAUUGUUUCAGCAGCUGGAAUAAACAAACACUAAACUGAAGUUUUUGCAUAAAUUGAACACAGAAAUGAGACGUUCAGGGGACAGUUGUUCAUUUGAAACUCAGUUUUACGAACUCUGGGAACAAUGAAUCAAAACUUUUUCCUUUCUGGCUUUUUUCUUUUCUUUUCUUUUUUCUGUUGUUGUGUUAGUAGAGAUCCUUCCAGGUGAGGAACAGUUUUAAACUAGAUGACCCUUGUUUUCCCUCCUGCACACUGUUCAGAGAUCAGCUGACCAGUGUUUUUCCGGUCUGUUCAGACUUUGAAGUGGAUCUGAAGCCGAGCGGGACGGACAGACGGACAGACAGCUGGUCAUCUUUAGAGAUUAGACACGUUUUUCUUCUAUGAAAAGAAACUUGAUGUUUUUAUUAUUCUAAAUAUGAAACUGAUGUUUUAAACAGAUGUUUUGUCUUUGUUUUAGCAAAAAGUUUUGUUUGUUUUUUGACUUGUGUUCCCAACAAAUACUUGAAUUUCUUAA